AUGUCAGUCAAACUAAAUGCAAUAGAAAAAGGUUUUCUUUUAUUCUAAAUACAAUCUGACUCAACUCCUAAGUCUUAUCCAAAUAUAUUAGAACUUAAGAAUUUUUAUCUGACUUAUAUACCAGAAUCAAAAAUGGGUAUUACAACUACUCUAGUUAAUAAAAAAUAGAAUUCUGAAAUUAUUUGUUUACACAAUGUGGAUCAAUUAGUUCAUAAGAAACAUUGA